UCCGAAGUCUUUUGAGCAGGAGUCCAAGUCAAGUCUGAAGUCUCUGUGUGUGCGACUUAAGUGCGACUCGAGUCCGAGUCACAGACUCGAGUCCCCAUCUCUGCCACAAAGCGCUGGGACAUUUUGAAGAGCCAUGUCACCACUACCUUGAAAUCAUGGUCUGAAACCAGGUGGGAGAGCCGGGUCAACAGUGUGGAAGCUGUGCGAUAUCAGGCUCAACAUGUUCGAGAUGCACUUUUGGAGGUGAGGGACAAGGCCACUGACAUGAUGAUCAAAAUAGAGGCACAGUCUUUGGCUGAGGAAGUGGGGUCCUACCGCUUCUCCAUUUACACUGUGGUGUGGUACGACAUCCUCAGUAAAGUCAAACAGGUCAGUAAGGUCAUGCAGUCUGUGUCAAUGCAACUUGACAUCGCAGUUGACCUCCUGAGAAAGACAAAGGCCACCCUGGAAGACUACAGAGCCACUGGAUUUGCCUCUGCUCAGAUCAGGGCUAAAGACAUGUGUGAGAACAUGGAUGUGGAUGCUGUCCUCAAGGAGAAGAGGCUGAGGUCAACCAAGAGGCAGUUCUCUUAUGAAGCACCUGAUGAGCCAAUGGCCAAUGCCCUAAAAAAGAUGGAAGUUACAUUUUUCAACAGGGUGGUUGAUGUUUGCAUCACUUCCCUCAAUGAGCGUUUUGAACACCUGGAAGAAGUUCAGGCAAAGUUUGGGGUGCUUGUCAACUUCCCCGAACUGCCCAGAAACGAGCUGACAAAGCAGUGUCAAACACUGAGCAACACCCUGAGCUCUGGCGGACAGUCAGACAUAGAUGGAAAAGAGUUGGCACUGGAGCUGAUGAACUUUCCAACUCUCCCCUCACCCACAAUGACCACCCUGGAACUGUUGGUGUUCUUGGAAAGGAAGAACCUGAGGGAGGUUUAUCCUAAUAUGUGGGUGGCCCUCAGGAUCGCAGUCACUAUGCCAGUGACAGUGGCUUCAGCAGAAAGAAGCUUCUCAAAGCUGAAGUUAAUUAAAACCUACCUGAGGUCUACAAUGGUCCAAGAACGCCUCAGUGGACUUGCCAUCAUCAGCAUUAACAGUGAUGUUUCUCGUCAGCUGUCAUAUGAGGACGUUAUCGAUGACUUUGCAGCAAAGAAGUCAAGACGAGUGCAAUUCUGAGUGUUUAAGUCAAACAAGUCAGUAAGGUAUUUAUUUAUUAUUACAAUAUGUGUGUUCAAAAACAGAAAUGUAAUUGUUCUUUUUUUGUAUAAAACGUUUUUAUGUAUUUGUUAAUAUUUUUUCAUUUAUUUUAUUUAUUUAUUAUUACAAUACGUGUGUUCUUUAAAAUAGUUCUAUAACUCCUUCUGUGGAAGCUACUUGUUUAUUAAAAGAUGUUUGUUGAAUUAUAACUAAAGCAAGUGUGGUUUUUGUAUUUGUGGGGGAGUUGGUGUUUUCAAUGUAUACUAUAGGACAGUAAACCAAAAAUAUCGUUUAAAAACUGGAGAGAUAAAAAUAUGAAUACAUAAAUGAAUGUUAACUAGGUCAAA